CCUUUUUUCACACUCAUUCGAAAUCUGGUUGACGAUGGAGAACACCUUCAACAACAUUAGCCUGACGGACCACAGAAGAAUUCUUGGGCAGAUGAAGACUGCCGAGAAUGGCAUUACUUGGAAAAGCGAUGACAGCACGGUCAGUUUUGGACCUUCAGAUAUCAAAGAAGCCUUUUGGUGCAAAGUUGGAUCACGCUUUCAGCUCCGUUUAGUGUUGGGAAGUGGAACCUUUUCCCGUUUCGACGGUUUUAAGCGCUCGGACUAUGACGCACUGUCUCCAUUCCUAAAGUCCGUAUUCAAGAUUGAUCUGAAAGAUGACGUUCUUGGUUCGGAUGGCGUAAACUGGGGAACCAUCGACUUCGAGGGCCCCGAGGGAGAAGAGAGCGUGGUAAUGAAAGACACCGAAGGUCGUCGCCUCUUCGAACUGGGUCUAAACGAGCUGAGCCAAUGCGCCUUCCCCUCCAAAAACGAAGUGGAGCUGCAGUUCGUCGAGGAAGACACCUCCAAAACCACCGAAGAAUCGCUCGUCACCGUGCGUUUCUACGUCCCGCAGAGCGCCAGCGAGGACGUGAACGAGAAGGACGACACGGCAGCGCACCGUCUGCAGAAGCAGAUCCUGGAGCGCGCGGUGCUGGUGAACAACAACGGCAACAUGAUCGCGGAGAUCGACGACCGCUUGGGGCAGUUCGUGACGCCUCGCGGCCGCUACAUGAUGGAGUUCUACGACAACUACAUGCGAAUGAACGGCAAUAACUACACGUACAAGAUCCUAUACAAAACGAUUUCGUGCAUCUACAUGUUCGAGCAGCCCGACCUCGCUCACCGCGCCCUCGUCUUCUGUCUCACGCGGCCUCUCCGGCAGGGGCAGCAGACCUACCCGCACCUCGUUCUCUACGCGCCGACGGAGCGCUAUUCGCUCUCGUUGAGCCUCAGCGAGGUCGGGAUCGCUUCGCGAAUCGAUCGUAGAGCGUGCUGA